AUGGCGGGGCGGGGCAGCAGAGACGGCCCCAUCGACUUUCAGGGUGCCUUAGAUCGGCAGCUCAAGCAGCAGGGCGACAUUACGUUGAAGGCCUUCGAGGACAAGUACACGCCAACCGGCUGCGGGGACCCCUACCUCGACCGUGUCUCCUUCGACGUGCGCCGCGCCAAGUUCUGGGACCUCUUGCAGGUGGACAUCGACGAGUACAACCGCGAGAGGCCGAAACGCAGUCGGGGCCAGGCUGGCGAAAGGAUGCCCGCGUACAGGAUGGUAGACUCGAGACUGUCGGAGGAGGGGCUCCGACACAUGCAGAGGGACGGCUUCGCGGUGGGUCAGCCCCGCUUCGGCAGUUUUGGAGAUGCGUUCCAUCAGAUCUACAGCGACGACCUGCCGGUGUGA